AUGUUGAAGAAUGGAAAAAUAGAACAAAUCUCGGAGGACGAAAAACAGGGAAUUAAUAAAGAAAAAGCACAACAGGAAAGAGAGCAAGGGUUUAUAUCGCUCGAGGAGGCGGAAGAAACAGUAUCCGACAUAGGCUCAGAAGGUGCUUCGGAGUCAGAAAGUCUUUCAGAAGCACCGUCGGACCUGUUAUCGGAUAUUUGCCUGGAAACAAGCUUGAAAGACGAGGAAGAGGCUAAAGAGGGGGAAGAAGAUGAAAUGAGCCAAAGGGAGGUGGAAUUGGAGGAAGAAACCAAGGAAUCCGAUGCUCAGGAAAAAUGCCUGAAUGAAGAGAGUGAAAAUCAAGUAUCAGAAGUGAUACAGGAAAAAAAGGAAUUGGAUAAUAUGGUGGAACCACAGGUUGAUAUAGAAGAGGCUACGGAGAAGGAUGAUGAAGAAAAAUCGGAAGAGUGCGAUUACAAGCAUUCUGAAGUAGAUACAUGUAUGUUUUCUGAAACGGUGCAGGCAACGACCCAAGAUAACCCGUUGAUUGCCGAUACGCUAAAUCCUAUUCCCAGUAGCCUGGAUCUUCAGAAACUCUUGGCGACAUUAUCACCAGCCCUUCAGACAGAUCCAUCACUCGCUGCUCCCCUAACGACCUCAAACAAUCCACUUUCUCCGAAUUUUAUAGAAGCCUUGAAUACUGUUUCAUCUACAAGUGAUACCACUGCGGUUCAGCCUGCAUUAACGCAGCAGCCCAAACACAAAGAUGCCAUUGACCAUGAUACUCCAUGUACUCCACAAGAAGAUGCCUUAUUUCAAAAAUUUCUUGUAGAUGAAAAACAUAUUAUGUCAAAUACUGCACCACAUGAAUUUCCACCGGGAUCACGAAUGUUUAUAGGUAACUUGCCAACUGAAAAAGUUACAAAGAAAGAUGUCUUUCGUGUCUUUUAUCCAUAUGGACGGUUAGGUCAAAUUGCAUUAAAACAAGCUUAUGGCUUUGUCCAAUUCUUUUCAUCUGAAGAAUGCCAAAAUGCAAUUAAUGGAGAGCAAGGGACCAUGAUUCGUGGAAGAAAAAUGCAUCUAGAAGUUUCAAAGCCACAAAAGCAUAGACCUCCUCUCUCUAGUGAUAAAAAAGCCUACCGACCUAGAUCCCGGUCUCCAGAUGUAAGAGACCGGUCUCCCGUACGUGGAAGAAACAGAAGUCAUGGCCGUGGAAACCAUGGUUAUGGUUCUCCAUACGAUCGUGACAAGAAAGAUCGAUAUGGUCCAAGAGAAGAGUACGGUAAACGACGAUCACCCCCACUUUCACUUCGGCAUCCCAGAGAUCGAGACAUGGACUAUCCCGGGGAUUAUAGAUCCAUUUCCCCUGAUCGCUACCGUGAUUAUCCUCCACGUCAUCAAAUGGAUUCUUUUCCCCUUCCCCGUCGAUAUGGCAAUGAUGUCCCAGAAUGUCAAAUCAUUAUUACAGAUGAUACGGAUAGAAGUUUUAUUUAUUUCGUUGAAAAGGUUUUUAAGGAUAAAGGUUUUCGUAUAGAUACAUUAUUUCUAUCGCCAAGAUUAUCCUUACCUUCUGUUGUUCAACAAAUGAUUAUUGAAGGUAUUAUGGCUAUCAUAUUCCUUAGCCGACAAAUGCAAUCACAGUCGAAAAUCUCUAUGCAAAUUUUUGACCGCAGAGCUGACAGCUCAGAUGUGAAAUUUGACGAAUAUGCGAAUAUCGAUGUUCACGUUGCAGUAGUAUUAGCACUUCGUAAAAAGCAAUCCGUUUUACAACUAACAAAUACAUAUCAACCACCUAAUCCCGGUAAUCUUAACACUCAGCCUCAAAAUUUAGCACUCAGCGCAUCCAAUUCAGAUUUGGCAACUCUGAUUGGCUCAUUGGAUCCCACCACUCUUCAAAAAGUCAUCGGAGCUUUAACACAACCUUCUCAACAACUAACCCCUCAAUUACAGUCUUUAUCUUAUACGUCUUUACAAAUGCCGCACCAAGGUGCAUCAAUCAACAAAGGUUAUCCGACGAAUCCUACGCUUUCACCUAUGAUCAAACCUUCACAGCAACCUGAUCAACAAGUUCAAGAUAUUUUAGGGCAAUUAGCAAAACUUCAAGGUCAACAAAAAUGA